AGGCCAAAGAAAUUUAAGAACACAAGCUCAAGUUAUAUAGAUUGAUAGAAAUAUAUACUCUUACUAACAUCAACGUAUAUCUUAGUACGCUAUUUCAAAGUUAAAAAAAGUACGCUAUUUCAUAUAACAUAAUAAAGUUAUAAAAAGACCAAUUUGUGUCUUUCUUCUGAGUUCGUGGGCGUACUUACAUACACAGUACUGAUGGGAAGACGUGGGAUCGCCAAAGUACCGAUGCUGCUGUUAAGGAGUUGGAAGCAAGUUCAAGGACGAGCAAGGAUAAGCAGCAAAGCUGCAAAACUAAAUCCUAUGGUUGUCCACUACUCUGAAGAUAUUUCUGAUCAUAGGGUAGAGAUUAAUUGUGGCGGCGAAGAGGAGUGGGUUCCACACCCACGUACCGGAAUAUUCUUUCCGCCAGGACAAGAGUUGGUGAUGGAUGGUGUCCCUGAGGGUGCUGCUUCUUUUGACAUGAUGUUUUGGCUUAGGAACGUCGAUGGUGUGGACAAACCUGAUCCUGGCCAUCAUUUUCCUAACUGAAACAAAAAAAAAGUGUAACUAUUGACUCAGUGAUGUGAUAAUCAUAAUGGGACUAUAAUAUGUAACGAUAGCAAAAUAAUCCCGUGUGUACGCACGUUUGAUUAUGAUAAUUUCGUUUUAUGUAUGAUGGUUCAAUAGCAAUAUGCUUUCUUAAUUGAAAUCUUCGUUGUGAUUA